ACGGAACACGAGCUAACAGCCAGCUCACAACAUCACACCCUCCAACCUCACAACCCAUUUUGAGCUUUGACAGCAUGGCGGAAGUGCCCAUUGUGCUCGAUGGAGGUACCGGUUUCCUCAAGGCAGGUUAUGCUGGACAGAACUUCCCAGACCACCAGUAUCCGUCAAUAGUCGGCCGGCCCAUCCUACGAACCGAAGAGCAGAAUGGCGGAGACAUACAGCUCAAGGACAUCAUGUGCGGUGACGAGGCAGCGGCAGCGCGCUCAAUGCUUCAAAUCACGUACCCCAUGGAGAAUGGUAUCGUGAAGCGGUGGGACGACAUGCAACAACUCUGGGACUACACCUUUUACGAGAAGAUGAAGCUCGACCCUACCGGCCGCAAGAUCCUCCUCACCGAACCGCCGAUGAACCCACUGAAGAAUCGUGAGACCAUGUGCGAGGUCAUGUUUGAACGUUAUGGCUUUGGAGGUGUAUACGUAGCUAUCCAGGCCGUGCUGGCUUUGUAUGCGCAAGGUCUAUCAUCUGGUGUAGUCGUCGACUCUGGAGACGGUGUCACGCAUAUUGUCCCUGUUUACGAAAGCACUGUCCUCAACCACCUCACUCGCCGUCUCGAUGUUGCCGGACGCGACGUCACGCGCAACCUGAUUGCGCUCCUACUACGAAGAGGAUACGCCCUCAACCGAACCGCCGACUUCGAAACCGUUCGUCAAAUCAAGGAGAAGCUCUGCUACGUAUCAUACGAUCUCGAAUUGGACCAGCGAUUGAGCGAAGACACAACAGUUCUGGUGGAAUCCUACACGCUUCCAGAUGGCCGCGUGAUCCGAGUGGGUAGCGAGCGUUUCGAAGCUCCCGAAUGUCUGUUCCAGCCACAUCUCGUCGACGUUGAGCAACCGGGUAUCGCCGAAUUCCUCUUCAACACGAUCCAGGCUGCCGACGUCGAUGUCAGGAGCAGUCUGUACAAGGCGAUUGUGUUGAGUGGUGGUAGCAGCAUGUACCCAGGCUUGCCUAGUCGAUUGGAGAAGGAGCUGAAGCAGCUAUGGCUUACCAAGGUUCUUGGUGGGAACCCGGAGCGACUCAACAAAUUCAAGGUCCGCAUCGAAGACCCGCCACGGCGAAGGCACAUGGUCUUCCUCGGUGGCGCCGUGCUUGCGAAUAUCAUGGCCGACAAGGAAAACAUGUGGAUAUCAAAGGCGGAGUGGGAGGAGCAGGGUGCACGCGCAUUGGAGAAGCUGGGCUCCAGAUGAGGCUAAAUUGGAAAUAUCGAGACAAGCCUGCAGAUGCAUACCAACAAAUCGAACAUUUUUACAACACAGUA